UUUUUUUCAUUGUUUUUUCCUCCUUUCCUCUCCUCACAUGUGCUGUAUUUCUCUCUGUUCUCUCCUUGUCUUCUUGUCCUGUUCACCUGUCAUAUUGUUUGUGUGUGUUGUAUACGUUUGGACGGGAUGAUGGCUAAUUUCGUUGUAAUGGUACUUAUUACUCUAAACAAUGACAAUAAAGGUAAUUCUGAUAUAACAAUAAAGGACAUUAGGCAACUAAAUAAUAGUGGGGGGAAAAAAUCUAUAAUUAAUCCCAUGAUAUUUAUUUACAGAUGUCAACGUGCAUUUCAUGGUUAAUAUUUGUAAUAAAAUAAUAUAUAUAUAUAUUAUAUAUAUAAGUUAACCUUUUUUUAUGCCAUUUGCACUUAAUGUAGACAAAAAGACUGGAAAAUAAUAGAGUAAAUGUCUGGAAAAUAACCAGCAAGAAGAACAAAAACAAAGAGGAAGUAACAACUGGCAGUGAGUUUGGUGUCAUUAAAUAAUUUAACAUUGAUGAACAAAUUGUCAGUGUAAAUAUUUGGUGUCAGUAAGUCUAACUUCAUGUCGGUUUUUUUGUGUGAGUGUAAAGCAGAGUGACGUGUUAGUGCUGUAUGCAUCACCUGCAGGGAAACAGGAAGGAGAUAAUAAACCCACAGAGCGCCCCAACGCCCCGAGCUUCAGACGUGAAGCUUCAUUAUCUGUAUAAAAUGGCUCUUUUUGCAGUUUUCAUCCUCCUGACUGGACUGCUGGUGAACAGUGAGAAACAUUCCCUUACCUACAUCUACACGGCCUUCUCCGAACCAGUUGAACUCCCGGGCUUCCAUCAAUUCACAGCCAUGGGUCAGAUAGACGGCAGGAUGAUCGACUACUUCGACAGUGAUCACCAGAAGAAAGUUCCCAAACAGCCCUGGAUGGAAAAGAAACUGGACAAAGACUACUGGGAGAAGGGAACACAGUCCCGUCAGAGCAAGCAGCAGUGGUUCAAAGUCAACAUCAACAUCCUGAAGGAGAGGAUGAGACAGAAUGACUCUGACGUCCAUGUGCUCCAGUGGAUGGUCGGCUGUGAAGCUGACUCAGUGCCUGGCCGCGGUAUAAAGUUUGUCCGUGGCAUUAACAGAUACAGCUAUGAUGGAGACGACUUCCUGUCCUUUGACAGCACCCACUCAGUCUGGGUCGCCCCGACUCCAGCAGCAGUCCCAACCAAGAGGAAGUGGGAUGAUGUCCAGGUCCUGAAAGAAUACACCAAAGGCUACCUGGAGAACGAGUGCAUGGAUUGGCUGCGCAAGUUCAUGAGUUAUGAAAAACAGCAGCUAUUGAAUACCUCACAACCUGAAGUUUUCCUGUUUACAAAGAGCACCAUCACUGAGACAAACUUGACGCUGACCUGCCUGGCCACUGGUUUCUACUCAAAAGAAGUCGUCCUGCAGAUCAAAAGAAACGGAGACGGCGUAACUGCAGGGGACGGAUUGUUCUCCUCGGGCACUCGACCAAAUGAAGACGACUCCUUCCAGAGGAGAGACAGCGUGGAGAUUUUAAAGACUGACAAGUCCAAUUACACCUGUGAAGUGAGACAUGCAUUCGGGUUUCAUGUUGAGAAGAUUUGGGAUCGAGAGGUUCACAGCCGUGAGGAGAUGGCGCUGUUCGCUGGUCGCUUCGUAGCGGUGGGCUUGUUUGCGGGAGCACUGAUCGUGGUCUUAGGAAAGAAAUGCAUCCGUCGUAGAUGCAUGUGUGGUCAGUGCAAUACAUUAUACUAUACUAUUAAUAGCAUCACAUGUUCUUGAUCAGCAGAUAAAGACAAACUGCCUCUACAUUCACCUAAAUUCUUUUUCUGUUUUCUGCAGGGUGCAAAAACUGCGGC